AUGGUGCCGCCCGCUGUGAAGCUUGCCAUGUGCGCCCUCGCCCGCGCCCUCCUCUCCCUCCCCUCCAAGGCUAUCGUCCGCGCUGUUGGCGCCAGGUACGACGUGCGGCUAGCAAACGUGUGGCUGCCAGCGGUGCUGCUGAGGGAGGACAACUGGAGGCAGCUGGUGCAGCGCUCCCACGCUUCCAAGCCGGGCGCCGUCAGACUGCGCGCUGCUGAGACCCACCUGGAGGAGGCUCUUGCGCUUGCAGUGAGGAAGGCUAUAGCGAGGAUGGAGGAGGACAGACGAGCUGCAGGGGGCGGUGGGGGCGGCGAGGCGGGGAGCAGAGGGGGGCCGGGGGCGGAGUAG